UUCAAGCAUGUGCACACUGAUGGAAACCAAAAGGCUGAGUGACUUUCCUGUGACGUGCAGAAAAGUUUUUUUCUGUUUACAGUUCAUAGAGGCAGUCAAACCAUUUUUCCGCCAUUCCUCUCUUCUCUUUAGCCUAAAGUGCGCAGCAAUGGGGCUGCGUUGAUGACUGAUGACAACAAUUUUGACAGUAGUUUUUUUUGUUACUAAAGUUGCAGAACAUUUCCUAACCCUUUGUUUCUUAUCUCUCCACAGUAGGUUCACUGGUGACGAAGAACGGCGAUUCCAGGCUCAAGAAGACAAGUUGCGGAAGACUCAAGAAAGAAGGCUCAAGGCUCAAGGCUCAAGGCUCAAGAAAGAAGAACGAAGGCUCAAGGCUCAAGCAAGAAGAAAGAAGAACGAAGGCUCAAGGCUCAAGGCUCAAGGCUCAAGGCUCAAGGCUCAAGGCUCAAGAUUCAAGGUUCAAGAAAGAAGACGUCAAGACCUUUUCCGACCGUCAAGAUCCCCCAGUGCACUUGGUGUUUUUGAGUUGGACUUCCUGAACUCUCUUUCUUCCUGAGAAUUGGCUGUUGACUUCCUGAGCUUUUUGCUUCCUGAGGGCUUCGGCCUUUCAUGGCCACCCUGCCUUUUUGUUUUGACUUUUUCUCUUUUUGGCCGCUGUCUGCUCCUUUCAUUUCCAUGGUGUCUCUAUACCGCUGCUUGGUCCGAGUCUUUUCCUCCUUGGACCACUGCUGAAU